AUGAGGAAGAACUCGUCAUCCAAAUGGGAUUCAAGCUGCGAAGAAGCCUUCAUGGAGGUGAAGAAAAUUUUGGCAAGCCCACCAAUCAUGGGAAAGCCAGAUGACAAGAGUGACUUGCAACUCCACCUAGCGGUUACCGAAACUACAGUUAGUGCAACUCUAACGCAGGAAGCACCAGAUUUCAAACUCAUUUACUUUGUGAGCAGGGUGCUUAAGGAGACAGAGGUGCGGUAUAAACAGAUCGAGAAGGUUGCUCUGGCAUUGGUGACUGUGUCACGCCGUCUAAGACCUUAUUUCCAGAGCCACCAAGUCGUAGUGCGAACCGACCAUCCCAUUGCAAAAAUACUAAGGAAGCCCGACUUAGCUGGUCAGAUUGUCGGAUGGUCGGUAGAGUUGUCAGAAUUUGGGUUGCGUUUCGAAUCGCGUGGGUCGGUACGGGGCCAACAUUUGGCAGAAUUCGCAUCAGAGUUGUUGCCGAACGAAGAAAAUUCCUUACAACCUUGGAAGCUCUUUGUUGAUGGAUCGUUCAGUGGGAAAGGAGGAGGCGCUGGGGCAGUCUUGGAGGGACCGAACGGGUUAGUGGUGGAGCAAUCACUCAUCUUUCAGUUCAAGAUCAGCAAUAACCAGGUUGAAUAUGAAGCCUUGAUUGCCGGACUGGAAUUGGCUAAAGACUUGGGAGCGGAGUAUGUGAAGUGUCGAACGGAUUCACAACUAGUGGUUGAUCAGAUGAAGGGAGAUUUCCAAAUCAAGGAUGAUCACCUGCUUCAAUAUUUCCACAGAGCCACGAACUUAACACAACAGUUUAAAACGAUCAAAGUAACACACAUCCCUCGGGAAGAGAACACGAGGGCACUCAUUUUGUCAAAGCUAUCCAAGGACAAAGACAGUGGCCAGUUGACUUCAAUAGUACGGCAAAUCAUGACAAAACCCACUAUAGACUGCAUGUCGGUGUCGGUAGAACCCGACUGGGAGGACUGGAGGCAUGAAAUCAUGAUGCGAAUGAAGGAGCAGGAGGAGGGACAAGGUGUUUCGGCCAAGGAUGCCAAACGUAUAACGCGCUAUGUUUUGAUCGGUGGAGAGCUAUACAAAAGGGGAUUUGUAAUGCCUUUACUUAAGUGCAUUUCCCAAAAAGAGGCGGAAUAUGUGUUGAGGGAGCUACACGAAGGUGUGUGUGGUAUGCAUACCCGUAAGAGGGCCUUGAGAGCUCGGGUGUUAAGAGCAGGGUAUUUUUGGCCCACUUUGGAGAAAGACUGCAAUGACUUCGUCUGUAAGUGUCUUAGUUGUCAAAAGCAUGGCAACAUGCAGAACUUACCGACCACCAAACUUCAUAUCCUUACAUCCCCUUGGCCAUUUUCCAAAUGUGGAAUGGAUAUCGUGAGACCUUUCCCGACCGGCAUAGCACAAAAGAAGUUCCUCUUGGUAGCUGUUGAUUAUUUCACCAAGUGGGUCAAGGCUGAACCACUUGCUACCAUCUCUGCAGCGCAGGUACAAAAAUUCGUGUGGAAAAUUGUGUACCGUUUUGGUUUGCCGAAGAUCAUCGUCACGGACAAUGGAAGACAGUUUAUAGACAGGAAAUUAACAGAGUUCUAUCGGAGCUUAGGCAUAAAGCAUGUAACAAGCUCUGUAGAACACCCUUAA